UUUCCUAUGCACUGCCCUGACUCGGAUCAAGGCGAGAGGAGGGUUUCUCUCCUUUUUUUCUUCCUUUCGCUCACACACAAAAGUUUUGGAGUUUAAGAAAGUUAAAGGAAUCACAACCUAGAAGCUGGAAGCCGAGCUUUGGGGCGCAUGGUGCGAUGUAGCGGCCGGAGGAGUUUAGAACAGCCACCAGCAACACUCCGCCCCAGAAUAAAAGCCGAGAACGUGAAUGGCUCUGAAGAAGAUGCUGAGAGUCCUGUGCCGAUCAUGAAGGCCAGUGCCUUUUGACACAUCGUAACAUCCCGUGUGUGUCUUUUAAAUAAAACGCUGCACAUCUUAAUCAGCCUCUAGGUGUCAGCAUGCAAGAGGACUGGAGUCUGCCCCGCCCCUCCCCGCCUUACUCCCCAGCUCCCAAUGGGAGGCCUUGCCAUAACUCGGCUGGUUACAUGCCCGGCAGAGUGAUGCCCGUCCGGCCGCCUCCCGCGCCUGCUGUGGGCAGCCACUCUGCGCAGUGGUCUUUCUCCAAGGCAGAGAACCAAGCCACCUUCGUUGCCAGAGGAGGCGAGCAGUGGCAGGAGUCUGAGGCAGCGAAGAGGAGGAGGAGGAAACGAGUGACAAACAGUCUUGUGUGUGUUGGCGUUUGCCUUGGAGUAUUUUUUAUUGUGUUGGCUGUUGUAUUUGGCACCAACCCGGGUCCUGAGCGCGAUGAGAACUGUCCAGAUCAUCAGCUGGGAUUUACAAACUGGGACCCAGGUCACAAUGAACAGAGGCGAGUUGUCAUCGGGAAGGGCGAUCGGUUUAGACUGGUUUCAUCGGCUACGCUUCACUCCAUCACCAUUCAACAAGGAGGAGAGUUGGUCUUUGCUGACAGCAGGGAUGGUUCCAGAAACAUUUCCUUAAAGUGCAACUACAUCCUGGUGAAGGAUGGAGGGGCGCUUCACAUCGGGGCAGAGAAAUGCCGCUAUAAGUCUCGAGCCACCAUCACGCUGCGCGGUCGGUCGGACAAGGGUGAAGAGGUGCCGGGCUUUGGCAAGAAGUUCCUGGGAGUGGAUGCCGGCGGCACGCUGGAACUCCACGGGACCGCCAAGACGGCAUGGACGCUGCUGGCCAAGACCUUGCCGCCCUCCGGUCUGGAGUUUGGGUCGUACGCUGAGAGGCCACCCACCCGAGGUUUGAACGUCCGUGUGGUGGACCAGGACACGGGGCAGGUGCUGCUGGCAGACAGGUUCGACACACACGACUUUGCCAAUGAAAGCAUAAGGCUCCAGAACUUGCUGCAGUCCCAGGACUCUGGCAGGAUCAUCGCCAUUGCAGUGAGGGACUCUGCUGCCAAGAAUCUCCUUCGGGAGACGAAAUACUCUAUUCAGAAGCUGCUUGGCAGUAGACUCGUUCACGACUUGAGAUACAGGCAAGCUUGGGCUUUUGUUGGUGUGAUUGGUGCUGGAAACUCAUCCUACAAUGAAUCCGUGCGUGACUAUGAGAACCACGAUACUAGAGGCAAAGCUGAAGCCCGCAAGGAGUUUGUGACGGUGGAUGGGGUGAAGUUUGCCGUGUCUGCAUCGAGUCAGUGGAAGAAAGGGAUUCCACAGGCUGAGUUCCAGGUUGAUGUGGCCGGGGGCUUGGUUCUGGAGCUGCUGGAUGAGGUGGAAGGCUGGAAGGAGGGCGAUAGAAUCGUCAUUGCGAGCACGGACUACUCCAUGCACCAGGCCGAGGAGUUCACCAUCCGCCGUGGCUCAGGUUCCAGAGCUCGACGGGUGGAGGUCACAGGAAAGGCUCAGUUCCUUCAUGUGGGAGAAAUCAUGAAUGGGGUAGACAUGAGAGCAGAGGUGGGAAUGUUGACGAGGAACAUCGUCAUUAAGGGAGAGAUGGAGGAUUCCUGCUAUGAAGACAACUGGUGUCGGUUCUUUAAGCACGAUACAUUUGGAGGGCAUUUAAAGAUUUUGAAGAACUUCACCUCUGUUCAUCUCUCCGACGUGGAGCUAAUGCACAUGGGUCAGCAGGUGAUGGGCAGUUACCCUGUGCAUUUCCACCUGUGUGGGGAUGUGGAUAGACAUGGUGGCUACUCAUCACCAACCUAUCUGAGGAGCCUUGCAAUCCACCAUUGCUUCUCCAGAUGUGUCACAGUCCAUGCAACCAAUGGUUUGCUGAUAAGGGAUACUGUCGGCUACGACACAUUGGGGCACUGUUUCUUCCUGGAGGAUGGGAUUGAAGAAAGGAACGUUCUGUACCACAACCUCGGACUUGUCACCAGACCUGGCACACUCCUACCCACGGAUAGGAAUGACUUGAUGUGCUCCUCGAUUCGGAAUAAUGUUUACGGCAACUACGUCCCUGUCCCAGCGACUGACUGCAAGGCUGUGUCCACAUUCUGGGUUGCCAAUCCUAACAAUCAUCUCAUUAACAAUGCUGCUGCAGGUUCUCAGGAUACUGGGAUAUGGUACCUGUUCCAUAAAGUUCCUACUGGAGAAUCCCAUGGACGGCUCACUGAAACCAAAGCUGAACUCACACCAUUGGGUAUGUUCUACAACAACAGAGUUCAUUCCAACUUCAAGGCUGGACUGUUCAUCGACAAGGGAGUGAAAGUCACCAAUGCCAGUGCUGAUGACCCGAGGGAGUACCUCUGUCUAGACAACAGUGCCAGGUUCCGGCCUCACCAAGACGCAGAUCCACAGAAGCCACGGGUUACUGCCCUCAUUGACCGGUUGAUAGCUUUCAAAAACAACGAUCAUGGAGCCUGGGUCCGAGGAGGAGAUAUUGAAUUCCAGAACUCUGGGUUUUCUGACAAUGGAAUUGGCUUGUCAUUUGCUAGUGAUGGGAGUUUCCCAAAGGAUGAAGGUUCAAGACAAGUAAUCUCGGAAUCCUUGUUUGUUGGAGAAAGUGGGAAUUAUGGAUCUCAGGGAGGUCAAAACAAGUACUGGGGAGUCGGUGGAAUGGAGGGAAAAAAUCGUACUUUGCCCAGAGACAAGACCUUCCCAAUACGUGGAUUUCAGAUUUAUGACGGACCAAUUCACGUCACCAAGACAACCUUCCAAAACUAUAUGACAUCAUUGGCCAGAUACACCAGUGCCAUAGGAUUCUUUCUGAAGAACCCUUGGCAAAUGACUCCCAAGAACAGUUUCUCUUUGUUGAAAUUUGACACAAAUGUAGCCUUGAGAGUGUUUUUUGGCAAGCCGGGCCCGUGGUUUGAGGGCUAUGAUCUUGACGGUGACAAGAAUGCAGUAUUCCAUGACGUUGAUGGUUCAGUGACGGGUUACAAGGACACAUUCGUGGGCAGGAUGGACAACUUCCUGGUUCAGCACCCAGAAUGCAAGAACUUCACGUCUUGGUUUGGAUCAGUCUGCAGUGGGAAGUACGCUCAGGUUUAUAUACAGACUCGUCGACCCCAGAACCUAACCAUGACCAUUGUAAGAGAUGAAUAUUCCGGACACCCCAUGACACUUCGUGGAAUCAACCAGCGAGCGGACUUUCAGCAAUACCAGCCCGUAGUGAUGCUCGAGAAAGGUUACACAAUCCAUUGGAAUGACCGCGCCCCUGAGGAAACCUUCCUCUACCUCAUAAACUUUAAUAAGGGAGACUGGAUUCGAGUGGGUCUCUGCUACCCAAAAGAAUCUACCUUCCAGGUUAUGGCGGACAUCUACCAAAGGCAAAACUCAACAGCCCACAGUGUGGAGGAUUUCCAAGAGGUUGCUUCUCUCGUACAGCUGCGGAAUAAACCAGAGGAGAGAAAAUACUACUUUGACAAUAGUACUGGGUUGCUGUUUCUAAUGCUCCGGGCCAGACAGGAUCGGGAGGGUCACAGCUACUGCUCCAUCCAGGGCUGUGAACGAGUCAAAGUGACUGCGACGAUGGAGUCCUGGACAGUAAGCAACUGCACGCUCACUGCCUACCCCAAGUACUCUGUAGUUCCCAAAGCCAACGUAGCAAUGCCACUGAAGAGCUCAGGGAAGUGUGAAAAGUGCGGAGCUUCUCAGCUGACAUUUACAAGUGAUCCACAUCAAACCUACCUCCUUGUACAGAUCCAAUCUCUUGGGAAAACUGGAAUCCAACAAGGCCACGUCAAGCCUUUCAUUUAUGUGAAUGGCACCAAGUUCCCAUUCUCAGAGAGAUUUUUCAUGGUUACGGUUGAUGCCUGCAAUGGAACGGUGACCAAAAAUGUAUCUUUCUCCAAAGCUGACACAGUGAUGGCCCAUUAUCUGGAGACUGGGAUUUCACAAAGGUCGAUUGUUUUAUUGGGUUCAAGAGAUACCAUCAGUGGGGACAUUGAUGUUAUUUCUGAGAGGCUGGUCUCACUGGGCACUGCAAAAGCUGCAAAACUUCAUAGAAAAGAGAGCAUUGCCUUCUUUGGAUACAGAGGGGGCUCUCGCCCACUGUGGACUCGCCUCUACAGUAGCCCUGCUGGGCAGGGCCUGCCACUUCUGGAGAAGUACAUACCUCUACAGAUGGAAGAGUAUGGCUGCACUAAGGUUAAUACCAUCCAAAGAAAAGAUCUAGAACUUCUACACAAAGCUUUACAGUGAAUAUCAAUCUGAGUAAAUGUGACCUAACUUAUUUUAUUUAUACUUGUUUUAUAGUCUUUUUUUUCUCCAAUUGCUACAUCUAGCUAUGUUUUUUUUCAUAAUAAAUAUAAAUGCGACUUUUCUUAAUAAAGAUUCAAAACAAUUUGU